AUGGAUAUUGAACAAAACUAAAACUAUAAUAACAACUAGUAUAAUAAUAAUAAUUACUAGUAUAGCAAUAAUUAGAACAUUUAUGGCUAGAAUUAAUAUUAGGAAGAAAUUAACCAAGGAUUUUUUGAAAAGCAGAAUGAAGGAUUGUUGGGAAAUACUCGUCUUGGAUUUAUUCGUAAGGUUUACUUAAUAUUAGGUGCACAAUUACUAGUUACUGUUUUGAUGACUGUUGGAGCUAUGUACUCUCCAGGAUUCACCACAUUUUAAUAAAAUAACUUAUGGUUGCUUUACACAUGCAUUGUAGUAAUGUUUAUUGUCGAAAUAGCUAUCCUCUGCUUCAGAAAUGUUGCUAGAACUGUCCCAACAAACUAUAUUUGCCUAUUUAUUUUCACUUUCUGCAUGUCAUAUCUUGUAAGUGCUUGCUGCUCUGUUGUGAAGCAAUAAAGUGAUGACGGAUAGAAAACAGUUUUGAUUGCAGCUGUUAUGACUCUUGGCGUAGUAGUUGCUUUGACAAUUUACGCUUUUAAAACCAAAACAGACUUCACUCUUUUGGGUGGCUUCCUCUUUUGCUUUGUAAUGGUUCUUAUUAUUUUUGGAAUAUUUUUAGCCUUUGCAUAUUCAAGAACAGCUUAUAUAGUCUAUUGCGCUCUUGGGUGCUUGCUCUAUUCCCUUUACUUGAUUUAUGACACCCAGCUUAUUGUAGGAAAAAAGAGAUACGCAUUAGAAAUUGAUGAUUACGUCAUCGGAGCUUUAAUGCUUUAUAUUGAUAUAAUUGGUUUAUUCUUGGAAAUUUUAAGACUCUUGAGCUCUAGAUGA